UUAACAAGUUUCGGGAGGAUCACGUUCUAAUGAUCAAACAAUCAAGUCAGCCAGCUGUCAGCAAUCAGUAAUCAACUGGUUCACUCAAUCAGCACAAGUAAAGCCUAUAAAAACACACAGUUGACUCACCCUUAUUUCUCGACUGUUCUCAGCAUUUGGUGUAGCAGCUACUGCUUUGCAAAAAGAUGUCCCAAAUGCAACUUUCAACAUCCGAUGACGACCUCAACCAUGCUCCGCCGCCAUCAGCUGGCCCCAGGACAACUUCUCCACCUGAUACCGCCUCCGAGCCCCACGUUUCAUCUCGUGGGCGCCGGUCGGUACAAACAACUCCUUGCAUGCCAAGACGCCGGGGCUUACCCUCACCUCCACCGGCGAGGACUCCAGCUUCCUCCCCAGCGUCCUCCUAUCGUUCGGCCGUGCCAACGAUUCCGCCUAUUGAAAAGUGGACAGUCUUGAGUCUAAGACAAGCGCUGAUAAACUCAGAUUUUCAGCCCUCGCGCAGGAUGACUAAAGUGCAACUUUACAACAUGUACGUUACCUUGCAAUCAUCAAACAUCUCUCCUAGAUCCACCCCAGGUUCCAAGGCGGCCAGCAGGCCGGGAAAUUCUCGCGAGGCCCUGAACUCGCCUCGCCCGACUCUGCAACCUUCCCGUACAAGGUCUGGUUUUCCGCGCGCUUCGGCCCGGAGCGCCAGGAUUUCUGCGAGCCUGGGUCGCGCUCCAGAUUCCACCGCCACGAGACAUCACUCGCCUCUCGCUUCACCUCAGCUUUUCAGCACGGCGCUUCCCGCCGCAGCGCCAUUCACAGCUGGGCCCGCCGGCUCACAUUCCGCUUCCCAGUUUUUUCCUCCUGCUGUUUCUAACCCCUUUCCUCUGCAGUGGCCUCCGGCUCCCGUAGCAAACGCUAGCGUGAGGUUGCCUCCGCUAGCGGCAGAGGCUCAAACUUUCCACCAGUUUCCUGCGACUAACCCCUCCCCUUUUCAGUGGCCUGCAGCCCAAGCAAGCGCAAGACCACCUCCGCUUGCAACACAGGCUCAGGCAUCUCAUCCAUUUUCUCCUUUUCCCUCUGGUGCUUAUUUCAAUCUUCCUUCUCAAGCCCCACAGGCCGACCUAAGCGUGAGGCUGCCUCCGCCGACAGUCGCAGCCCAGGCUUCUCUCCCUUACAGCUCUCUUCUAAAUGCCAAAUCACAAUAUUCUCUUUUCACAGCUUCCCCGAUGCCAGUUCCACCAAACGCCGUCGCUCUGGAGCCUCCCCCGGUGACUCAAAACAUCCGAGCACAGAUUAUGGCAGGUGCGGAUGUAGAUCUCUCACAUUUACUUUCUCUUUUUCCCGUAUCCGAUUCCAACCGUCAGUUAGACUGCGGGGAUUUUUCAGUCACUUUAAAAAAUCAAAAUACACAUUCGUCACGUUUACUUUCUUUUCCAGAGUUUUCAAUUGCUUUCAGCCACUACACAGACAUCAUUUGCUCAGCCUUCCCCCAUAGACGACGCGAACUGAACGACUAUUUAGCACUGAUAGCCGAGCUCGCGUUGUCCUACGGGGGAGGGCACUUUUACACUUACCACAAACUCUUUUCAGCAAAAUGCGCCGUUAGGGUUUCUCAGUGGAACCAAUGCCCUUACUGGGGAGCACUAGACACUGACUUACACAGUAGAGUCUUCCUCGGCUGCAGGAAUAUUUCCUGCGCGGUCUGUAGGUCAGUGUCGCAUCCCACGACAUCGUGUCCCCAAGUUAACCCCUUCGUUUCUUCUGAAACAGCUCCAGUCAAAUCCACUAGCUACACACCAAGACCGGCGACUAGCAACCUUCACGAGGCUAAAUUCAGCUCCAGAGCACUCACAGACAACAAACAGCCUUGCAACAAUUUUAACAUUGGCAAAUGCACCAGGCAGCGUUGUCGGUACUUGCACAUAUGCAGCUUUUGCGGCGGUGCUCAUGCCCGUCCCGUAUGCCCUGUAUAUAAAGAUGUCAAUAAAAAAUCUAGAAAUUAUUUAUCGACUCCUGUGAAUAUUUCUCGCCUUUCCAUCGAACUAGCUCACCACCCGGACUCCGAAUUCACCGAAUAUCUGCUGUCUGGCCUACUACACGGCUUUAAACCUGGAGUGGUUUGUCCGCUCUCCCAAAACAUCAUCUGCGAUAAUCUCCAAUCGGCUCUCGCCGAGCCCGACGUGGUAGACAACCUGAUUAAAAAAGAAGUCGAGUCAGGCUUUAUGAUCGGCCCUUUUGACGAGCCUCCUUUCAAAAAUUUUCGCAUUAGCCCCAUUGGAGUGGCUACGAGAAAGUUUUCAGGUAAGAAACGCCUCAUAGUCGAUCUGUCAGCUCCACAUAAGUCCAUGUUCCCAAGCAUUAACAGCCUGAUCCCACUCAACGAAUUUUCUCUCAAAUACCACGACGUAGAUCACGCAAUCGACCUGAUUAAAAUCGUGGGUCGGGGUGCCUGGCUCGCUAAAAUUGACAUCACUUCAGCUUUUAAAGUGAUGCCCAUCCACCCGGAUUCAUGGCACUUAUUCGGCGUGCGCUGGCAUGAGAAAUUUUAUUUCGCCGUACGCUUAACUUUUGGAUGCAAAAGCAGCCCCAAAAUUUUCGACAUGCUAUCUGAAGCCGUUUGCUGGAUCUUGUCAAACAAUUACGCAAUUCCUCACCUCAUUCACCUGCUGGACGAUUUUCUAAUAAUUUCGCCUCCUGGCGCCAUUCCAGCAGCCCAGAUCCUCACAGUUCAAAAAGUCUUUUCCGAGCUCGGAAUCCCCAUCGCCCAGGAAAAAACCAUGGGUCCCGCUACAUCCAUCGAGUUCCUUGGCAUUAAUCUAGAUUCAGUUCGAUUCCAGGCCUCCCUGCCCAAGGAGAAAAUUGAUAGGAUAAUCCUCAUCUCAUCUACCCUCGCGGACAGUCCAGAGUGUUCCAAACGCGAACUCCUAUCCAUGCUCGGCCACUUAAACUUCGCCAUGCGCAUUAUUCCACAAGGCCGCCCUUUUAUUUCUCAUCUCCUCUUUCUCGCGUCUUCAGUCCACGCACUAGAGGAUCUAAUUUCCAUAACUCCGGCAUGCCGCGACGAACUCGGGCUAUGGAUAACUUUCCUUAAACAGUGGAACGGCCUAUCCUUUUUCUAUAAGGAUCUAAUUUCCUCCCCCCUCGACAUCCAGCUGUUCACAGAUGCAGCCCCCUCUGUUGGCUUUGGAGGGUUCUACCAAGGUCGCUGGUUCGCGUCUACGUGGCCCCCCCAAAUACAGGACACGCUUCAGUCCUCUGCAUUAUUCGAGCUCUACCCUCUCGUAGUAGCAGCCUUCCUGUGGGGGAAAGAAUGGACUGCUAGCAGCAUUGUAGUGCAUUGUGACAACGAAGCUACAGUCCAGUGCAUUAAUAAAGGCCGUUCCCAUGCACCCGCUCUAAUGCCACUUUUAAGACGUCUAACCUGGAUUUCCGCAUGUGACCAAUUUAUCUUAAUCGCAAAACACAUCCUCGGGUCAAAAAACCAAAUUGCUGACUCUCUGUCUCGCUUUAUGUUUCAGAAAUUCAGGAUGCUGGCUCCAGAGGCGGACGAGCUCCCAACUCCAGUACCUCAUUAUUCGGAAUUAAUAUUCCCAUAACUCACCCGCAAAAAUCCCUCCUCAACAGAUCGCUCGACACCAUUCUCCAAGCUGUUUCCCCCAGAACUCUCCAAUCCUAUGUGACCGCAUGGAGAU